AUGCGUAAUGUUAGAGAGUUGUCUGCAAAAAAUGGUUUUGUUCAGUUGCAAAGAGACCUUCUUGCAUGUCUAAACAUAAGCAGCUAUUUUCAUGACAUAGAAGAUGGAAAAACAACGAUAAAAAGUGCUUUGUGCAAUAAGAAAGUUCUUCUUGUUCUUGAUGAUGUAAGUGAGCUAAACCAAUUAGAGAAUUUAGCGGAGAACCAAGAUUGGUUUGGACCGGGAAGUAGAAUAAUAAUCACAGCCAGAGAUAUGCACUUGCUAGAUAUACAUGGAGUCCAUGGAACUUAUGAAGUUAAAGGGUUAGAUCAAGAAGAAGCUUAUAAUCUGUUUUGUUUGAAAGCCUUUAAACAACUUGAACCUAAAGAAGGAUAUUCUUCUCUGUGUAAAGAAGUAGUGAAAUAUACUAAAGGUCUUCCUUUGGCAGUUGAGGUUUUAGGUUCCUAUCUAUAUAGAAGAAAUGCUGACUUUUGGCAUAGUACCAUUAGAGAAAUAAUGAGUUUUCCACAUUUUGAAGUUCUCAAUGCGUUGAAAAUAAGCUACAAUCAUUUGAUGCCAACAGAGAAGAGUAUUUUUCUUGAUAUUUCUUGUUUCUUCAAAGGAAUGAAAAAAGAUGAGGCAAUACAUAUAUUAAGAAUGUGUGAUAUUUAUGUUGGAGUUGGAAGUGAUAUUGGAAGCGGAAUUGUUACAUUGAUUGAUAAAGCUUUGGUAACUUUAGAUCAAAAUAAUAAGUUAGAAAUGCAUGAUUUGCUUCAAGAAAUGGGGAGGCAUAUUGUGUAUGAAGAAUCUCCAAGUAACUCAGGCAAGCGUAGCAGGCUGUGGUCUAAAGAUGACAUUCAUCAAGUGUUGACAAAUGAUCUGGGAACAGAAACAAUUCAAAGUAUGGUUCUAAGCUUUGGACAAGAUAAGUUUUAUUGGUUUCGGAAAAAGCCAUUCUCAGCACAUUGGAGCAUUGAAGCCUUCUCAAAAACAACACAGUUAAGAUAUCUCAGUUUACCAUACAUGGAACUUCCCCUUGGCCUCAACCACUUCCCUAGUUCAGUAAGAGUUCUGCAUUGGGAUUUUUGUCCUUUGGAAACUCUCCCCUUGUUAAAUCAACAAUAUCAAGCUGUUGAAAUCAAAAUGCAACGUAGCAAUCUUGAACAAGUUUGGCAUGGAAAAAAGUUUUUGGAAAAGCUGAAGUACCUGGAUUUGAGUAGCUCCCGCAACCUAAAGCAGACACCUGAUAUUUCCGGGGUUCCCAUUCUUGAAACAUUUGAUCUCCAAGGUUGUGAUAGCCUAACUGAGGUUCACAUAUCCCUCGUACACCACAAGAACCUUGUUCACUUAAAUCUAAGCUACUGUGAAAUGCUUAAAACUCUUCCAGGUAAAUUGGAGAUGAGUUCCUUGAAAGAGCUAAUCAUUGAGCAUUGUGAGAGUUUCGAAAAUCCCCCAGAGUUUGGAGAAUGCAUGAGAAAAUUGUCAAGGCUUUCUCUAAGCGGAACUCCUAUAGGAAAGUUACCCUCAUCACUUGGAAAUUUAGUUGGUCUUGAAGAUUUGAAUAUAAAGGGUUGUGGAAAACUUGAUUCUGUUCCUGAUACGAUUCAUAGGUUAAAGUCCCUCAAGAACUUGGAUCUUGGCUCUUGUUUUAACCUUCAUGGAUUACCAUCUUCAAUUUCAAGCCUCCCCUUGUUGAGUAAUCUAAAUUUGAGUGGAUGUUACCAGGGUGAAAUAUCUUUCUCUCAUGAUCUAUUUUGCUACUUCCCAUCAUUGAUGCAUUUGGAUCUAAGUGGUCAUUGGUUUGCUAAUAUCCCAAUAAGCAUUCACGAACUUUCCAAGCUUAGGUCCCUUAAGCUAAAUCGAUGUUACUGUCUUCAGUUUCUGCCAAAACUUCCAUCUAGUAUUAGAGAAUUAGAAGCAUAUGGGUGUAGAUCAUUGAACAUACUUGAAUCCAAUGUUUUGUCAACCAUUUGCACUGCCUUUAAAUCUUCUAGUAGCCAGGAUCAAGAAAAUCAAGGUGUGGUCUUGGAAAUGCUGAUCCCAAGUACCAAAAUUCCAUCUUUGUUUGUCCAAUAUCCUCUGAAUGGUAAUGAUGCAGCACUAGUCCCAUAUCCAAGUGAUUGCCGUCUGAAUAAAAAUUUAAAGGGUAUUGCAGUAUGUUUCCUGUUUUAUACAAAGUUUUGGGGAUUUGAUAAAUCAGUGAAGUUGAAUUUGUCUGUUAGCAAUGGUAAUAGGUGCAUCAUUCCUUGGAGAACAUAUAGAAUGUGUGAUGGCUAUCACCUUUACAUUCUCUGCUUGACCAAUGAUUACUUCAGGGAAGAAUUUCAACAAGAUAUGGUGUUUAAACUAUUGCUUCGGCCGGAGGUUGAGUAUGGUGAAUAUGAUUCUGAAGAGUUUGAACAUAUUCCUUGUUAUCAAGCCAAAGUAUUGAGCACUGGCUUGGCGUGUAUCAAUGAGAUUGAAGAUUUGAACCAAAGUGAGAUUGAAAGGCAAAGAAAUGAAGGACAGAGUCUGUUUGACUUGAACAAAAGCAUUGAGAUAAUGGAUAUAUGUGAGUGA